GACGCUGACCGUCGAACGUUGACAUUUCUAUUUCUCAAGUUCAAGUUUGGUCGCAGGCUCGUUUUUUAAAUACAAACGAAGCGACACCAAAGCCCUCCUCACCGGAGGGUCUUGCGAUACAAACAAGAGGAAAGAAUUGGACACAACAAGGAUUGCGCGAUCAUAAGCCCCCCUACGACAGGUGGAAAUCGCGUCCAGGUAGAGACAGGUAGAGACAGGGUUCCGUUCUCCAAUCAGUGGAGAAACAGGCGAGGGUGAACAGCAGGCGGUGAACAGAGAGCGAGAGAGAGAGAGCGAGGAAAGAGAGCUCGAGGAGCCGUCGGACGAGAGACCAGAGAGACCAAUCGAAUAAACCACGGGCAACCAAACAAGCAACACAAUCCAAUGUAUAACGGUCCCCCCGGUUCCGCCGAGGAAGCCGCCGAGGAAACAUGUCGCUACCACGGGAAUGGAGCUUUCAGGACGCCUGUCGGGCGUCGAGCCUGUUGGCCGACGUCGACUUCGACGUCCCCACGGCCGCGUCCCAGGAGAUGGCCGUCACCGGCAGCAAUCCCAUCGACGAGAAUAUGAAUGAUCAGCCGGCGACUCAGCUGGGCUCGCUGUUCUCCAUCCACUCGGCGCCGGUGUUCGACCUGAGCAGCAGCGUCGCCACCGGGGUACCAUCGCCGAAGCGGCCGGCGUCCCUGGCGGUGCAGACGACGGCGACGUCGACGCCAGUCGUGCCGCCGCCGCACCUGCAGAGCCCCGAGGGCACCGUCGUCGAGGACGAGGACAACGACAACCUGCUGACGAUAUCCAGUCUCACUGCCCGGCCGCUCAUCGCCAAAUCUAGAGAGCUCAGAUCCGCCAGGUAUGCGGCCCCGAAAAGAAGAAAAUCGCGGCAGAAGAACGAAACCAGGAAACCUCGGAACACCACGUACGUCCCUCUGGACGGCGGUUACGGCUGGGUGGUGGUGUUCGGCGCUUUCUUCGUGCAGUUCUGGGUAGCCGGGUUGGUCAAGUCCUACGGCGUGCUCUACGUCGAGGUCAUGGAGACCUUCAAGGACUCAUCCGCCUCGGUCGCGUCCUGGAUACCAGCGAUUCUGACAUGCCUAUGUCUAGCGCUUGCUCCGGUGACGAGUAUGCUCUGCCAGAAGUACAGCUGUCGGACGGUGGUUUUCGUGGGCGGACUUUUCUGCGCUCUAGGACUUACAACUAGUUACUUCGCCACGCGAUUGAUACACCUCUUUUUUACAUUUGGAGUGCUGACAGGUAUCGGCGGUGGUUUGUCGACGACGCCGGGUAUAAUCCUGGUGUCGCAGUACUUCGACAAGCAUCGUGCCCUGGCGAACGGGAUCUGCGUGUCCGGCACUGCCGCGGGUAGCUUCGUAUUCCCGCUUCUGAUCGAAUUUCUGGUGAAGGACUUCGGCUUUCACGGGACAAUAUUGCUGCUAGGCGGUUGCAUGCUGCACGUAUGUGUCAGUGCGACACUGUACCGACCACUGGACGAAAAUUAUGCCCCUGAGGAAGAGGUCUCGGUGGAGAAGAUCGAAAAGGAACUGAAAGAUCAGGAUCAGGAGAAGUCGAAGCAACAGAAAUUGGAAUUAUUAUUCGCCAACGAUCCGACUGCCCGGCACAACAUGCUGAACGAGCUAUUUCACCAGAACAGCGGCGUGGUGGCGGUCGAGCUGACCGACAGCGAGGAGGAGAAGGACGUGUUGGGCGAGGGUCUCCGCAUGAAGCCGAUUUCCAAGAUUCGCAGCUCCAGCAUCCUGCACAGCGUGGAGGACUUGUCCACGGACUCGACGUGCGUGUACAAGGCUGCCCGGUCGUCGCUCAGAUCGUUGAAAUCGUCCGUGACGGCGACGGGUCCGCCGGAGCAGCAGCAGCAGCAACAACAGCAGCAGCAGCAGCAGCAGCAGCAACAGCCGCCGCCGUCGCCACCGACGAACAGGAUGCCGUCUUUAUCGCUGACAGCGUCGACGGACUCCAAGAUCACGUUCAUGCAGAGACUGACGCGCUAUCUCGACCUCUCGCUGCUGAAGAAUCCGCAGUUCAUCAUGAUGUGCUUCUCCGUCAGCCUGAUGUCCACCGGCAGCCCGUACAUGCUGUACUACCUGCCGGCGUACGUUCACGCCGCCGGUUACACGAAAUCGGAGGCCGGCUACCUGGUGGCCAUCUCCGCCGUUCUCGACUUGUGCGGCAGGCUCGGCCUCGGCUGGCUCUCGGAUCUCAAGCUGUUCGACCGGCGGAAAGGAUAUAUCGGCAGCGUGGUGGGUGCUGGCGUGGCGGUCCUAGCGAUUCCGAUGGCCCACUCCUUCUACGUACUGGCGUGUUCCGUCGGCAUGUACGGACUGUGCCUAGGCUGUUGGUUCCUCCUAGUUCCCGUCCUGCUCGCCGAUCAAUACGGCACCGACAAAAUAUCGUCCAGCUACGGUCUCGUGAGGAUGUUCCAGAGCUUCGGGGCGAUCUCCAUUCCGCCUCUUGCAGGUUAUCUUCGCGAUGUGACCGGAAGCUACACUGUGUGUUUUCUGUGUAUGGGUACGUGUAUGGUUAUAGGGGGUUUACCUCUGCUUUUGGUUUUCAAUGAGAACCAAACAAACCCAACAAAGCUGCCCGUAAACGCUGAGAAUAACAAUCGUCACGGGGACACUACCAUCAAAGGGUAAAUUAUUUUGAAAAUGUGAUCGUUGAUUAUGAAGUGAUUUAAUGUGUAAUAGGAAAAUAAAUAAAUCGUAACAGUUGUAAAAAAAAAAAAAAAAA